GAAUACAAAGGUAAUAUUUCUGAGCAUUACAUUUUCAAUGCAUGGGUACCUUGUUGAAGCCACAUGUGUACAUGUAUUUGCACAGACUACAUUCUGGACAUUAGACUGUUUGGAGGAGAAAAUGAAACUCUCUCAAGUCUCAAUGAGAAUAAAGAGUAAGGGAAGUUAUUAGCUGUAUAGUUUUUCAAUACAGUAUAUGUGCAUGAGUUUGACUCAAGAUUAAGAAUCUCCAGCCAAUCACAUGAAUGAACCAGGUAUGUGUUUAUUCCGGUGGGAGGGAGGAUGGAAUGGAUUAUCACGUAUAAUGCAACACAAUCUGGAAGAACGCUGAUGAGAGUGAAAUGUCCAGAGAUCACACUCGCGUGUUCUUGACGUUGGGUGUUAUGUAAUGCUUGCAGAGGAGUGGGAAGAUAGUGAGCAUCGUAGCACAUUUCACAUAUUCAUAAAUAAUAAUAACUGGUCCUUACACGGCACACUUCUGGAAGGUUGUGGAGAUACGCAAACUAUUCCCAUUGUUCCUGAUUAUGACUUGCUGGUGUCUCUGCUGUUAAGUGUCUCUCGGGGGCAAAAAAGGUGUCCUUAAAUGCCCCAUGGCCUCCCCCAAUGUUCUGCACCCAUAUGGAAUACAAAUGACGUGUGUACAGUUUAUUGGCUUGUCGCAUGUUAAUCUCCUCAGAAUUUGAAGUGUAUAAAAGGACAGACUGAAGAGCGAGAGUCAUUUGACAUAAAGAGAGAGAUAUCUGUCGGAUUACCUGGGAAGAGACACAAGAAGUGUUGUCUCAAAACAGAGGCAUGAAUAUGGACGUAGCCAAACCUGACCCAAAGACUGGCGGCAAAGCCCCUCUCAGAGCGACGGCUCCCGGUUCCCCACGAAAGGGCCCACCCAAGUUCAAGCAGAGAAACACUCGUCAAUUCAAGAGCAAGCCCCCGAAGAGGGGAGUCAUUGGCUUUGGAGAGGAGAUUCCAGGAAUGGAGGGACUUGGCACUGAUAUCACAGUGAUCUGUCCCUGGGAAGCGUACAGCCAUCUAGAGCUCCAUGAACUCGCUCAGUACGGCAUCAUUUGAGUUUCUUCACUGUUAAACAGCUUUUAAUUUUUUUUUCUAAAAAGAGGAUUUAAUUCAAAAUGAUGUCCAGAGAUUAUUUUAAGCAUUUUCAUGAAUAUGGAUAACUUCUGUAUGGCAAACAUAAAGCUAGAAAUAUGUUAGAAUUUUAUGUAAUACAUGUCUGCAUAUUGUGUAUGCUGUUUUUUUUAUGACAAAUGUAUUUCCUGAGACUCUCAAGCUGCCAUUUUCACGCUCUACAACACCACUGCUGUUCUUGUGUCGUUGCCUGUGGCUGCAGACGGAGAUGCAGCUGAUAGCUUAGUUACUGGCCAGCAGGAGAUUCGGUCAGCAGUGUUUUUAUACUCAAAAUAAAGCUUUGACUUUUUAACAUGA